AGCCCGCGCCGGGGGUGGGGGCCGCCGCGCGCCAGCCCCCCGGCCGGCCCGAUACCCCCGCCGGCCCCCUCCGGCCCGCGCCCCGCGCCCCGCGCUCCUCCUGCCCGCCCCCUCCGCCGCGCCGCGCCUCCCCCUGCCUCUCCUUCCCCCGUUCUCCCGGAUUAACUAAGAAGGCAGCGGGAGGAGGCUGAGUCCUGGCCGCGGGCCGGGGCCGGGGCGCCGCUGGCAGGAGCGCUUGGGGAUCCUCCAAGGCGACCAUGGCCUUGCUGGGAAAGCGCUGUGACAUCCCCGCCAACGGCUGCGGGCCUGACCGCUGGAACUCCGCCUACGCCCGCAAAGACGAGAUCAUCACCAGCCUCGUGUCUGCCUUAGAUUCCAUGUGCUCGGCGCUCUCCAAGCUGAACGCGGAGGUGGCCUGUGUCGCUGUUCACGAUGAGAGUGCCUUCGUGGUCGGCACCGAGAAGGGGAGAAUGUUCCUGAAUGCGCGCAAGGAGCUGCAGUCAGACUUCCUCAGGUUCUGCCGAGGGCCCCCGUGGAAGGAGCCGGAGGCAGAGCACCCCAAGAAGGUGCCGCGGGGUGAGGGCGGCAGUCGAAACAUCCCGCGGUCUGCCCUGGAACAUGGCUCGGACGUGUACCUUCUGCGGAAGAUGGUAGAGGAGGUGUUUGAUGUUCUUUAUAGCGAGGCCCUGGGCCGGGCCAGCGUGGUGCCGCUGCCCUACGAGAGGCUGCUCAGGGAGCCGGGGCUGCUGGCCGUGCAGGGUCUGCCCGAGGGCCUGGCCUUCCGGAGGCCGGCCGAGUACGACCCCAAGGCCCUCAUGGCCAUCCUGGAGCACAGCCACCGGAUCCGCUUCAAGCUCAAGAGGCCGCUCGAGGAUGGUGGGCGGGACUCCAAGGCCCUGGUGGAGCUGAACGGUGUCUCCCUGAUAGCCAAGGGGUCUCGGGACUGUGGCCUGCAUGGCCAGGCCCCCAAGGGGCCACCCCAGGACCUGCCCCCCACUGCCACCUCCUCGUCCGUGGCCAGCUUCCUGUACAGCACUGCCCUCCCCAACCACACCGUGCGGGAGCUCAAGCAGGAGGCACCCGCCUGCCCACUUGCCCCCAGCGACCUGGGCCUCGGCCGGCCCGGGCCUGAACCCAAGGCCCCCGCUGCCCAAGACUUCCUGGACUGCUGUGGACAGAAGCCCACCGGGCCUGGCGGUCCUCUCAUUCAGAACGUCCAUGCCUCUAAGCGCAUCCUCUUCUCCAUCGUCCAUGACAAGUCAGAGAAGUGGGACGCCUUCAUAAAAGAAACCGAGGACAUCAACACGCUCCGGGAGUGCGUGCAGAUCCUGUUUAACAGCAGAUAUGCGGAAGCCCUGGGCCUGGACCACAUGGUCCCCGUCCCCUACAGGAAGAUCGCCUGUGACCCGGAGGCCGUGGAGAUCGUGGGCAUCCCGGACAAGAUCCCCUUCAAGCGCCCCUGCACCUACGGGGUCCCCAAGCUGAAGCGGAUCCUGGAGGAGCGGCACAGCAUCCACUUUGUCAUUAAGAGGAUGUUUGAUGAGCGGAUUUUCACAGGGAACAAGUUUACCAAAGACCCUACGAAGCUGGAGCCAGCCAGCCCACCAGAGGAUGCCUCUGCGGAGGUCUCCCGUGCUGCCGUCCUUGACCUGGCUGGGACUGCUCGGUCAGACAAGAGUGGCCUCUCUGAAGACUGUGGGCCAGGAACCUCUGGGGAGCUGGGUGCACUGAGACCCAUCAAAAUCGAGCCAGAGGACCUGGAUAUCAUCCAGGUCACUGUCCCAGACCCUUCCCCAACCUCUGAGGAAAUGACAGACUCGAUGCCUGGACACGUGCCCUCAGAAGAUUCUGGCUAUGGGAUGGAGAUGCUGACUGACAAAGGCCCCAGCGAGGACCUGCGGCCCGAGGAGAGGCCUGUGGAGGACAGUCACGGUGACGUGAUCCGGCCUCUGCGGAAGCAGGUGGAACUACUUUUCAACACGCGAUACGCCAAAGCCAUUGGCAUCUCGGAGCCUGUCAAGGUGCCCUACUCCAAGUUCCUGAUGUACCCAGAGGAGCUGUUUGUGGUGGGGCUGCCUGAAGGCAUCUCCCUCCGCAGGCCCAACUGCUUCGGAAUUGCCAAGCUCCGGAAGAUUCUGGAGGCCAGCAACAGCAUCCAGUUCGUCAUCAAGAGGCCUGAGCUGCUCACCGAAGGAGUCAAAGAGCCCCUCACGGACAGCCAAGAUACCACCUCUGUCCCGGGUCCCAGGAGCUGCCUGCUCACCCUGGCUUCUCUCCCCCCGCCCCCAGAGAGGGAUUCCGGGGACCCUCUUGUGGACGAGAGCCUGAAGAGACAGGGCUUUCAAGAAAAUUACGACGCCAGACUCUCACGGAUUGACAUCGCCAACACGCUGAGGGAGCAAGUCCAGGAUCUGUUCAAUAAGAAAUACGGGGAAGCCUUGGGCAUCAAGUACCCGGUCCAGGUCCCCUACAAGCGGAUCAAGAGUAACCCCGGCUCGGUGAUCAUCGAGGGGCUCCCCCCCGGGAUCCCGUUCCGAAAGCCCUGCACUUUUGGCUCCCAGAACCUGGAGAGGAUCCUUGCGGUGGCUGACAAGAUCAAGUUCACCGUCACCAGGCCUUUUCAAGGACUCAUCCCAAAGCCUGAUGAAGAAACUGAGGCCAAGGGAAUUUCAGUGACUCGCCUGGGACACCCACCCUGCAGCGGAGGAAGCCCUGGUUCUGUGCCUCACUCCCUGCUCCGUCAGGGAGGCCCACGGAUGCCAGGCAGGCAGCACGUCAGUCAGAGCAGCCACCGAAGAGUGGAGUGUCGGGCUUUGGGGAGAAACACUGGGGGCAGAGGGGCAGCCAGUAGCCUCCACCCGCUUCUGGGAGUGACCUCUUCCACGGACCACGGCUCGCCCUCCAGCAGGGGGGGCUCGAUGGCUUACCUUCCUGUUUGAGCAGCUUCUUGAAUCUGCUUCAGCCGUCACUCCAGGGUGGCCACCUGCCCCCAUUUCUCUGUGCCAGUCUGCCCACCUGCCUGCCUGCCCCUUGGCCUUCCCUGUGGCCCCUCCGUGUGCAGAGAGGGUCCUUGGCGAUGCUUUCUCUGCCCACGUGGUACAUGAGAGGAUGGCAGCCUGCCUGGAAGAGGAGGUGUGAAUGAGGCCCUGGCCCCAGGCCUCAGGGAUGGAACUGCCAGCGCCUUUCCAGGCAUUGGCUGCCCGGGCCGGGUGGCAGCCUGGAGGGGCCGGGGCAGACGGGCUGGCAGGCCAGCUCUCUGCUUACUCUGCUUACUCAGACGCCACUUGGCACCCUGGGAAGGUGUCCAGACUCACAGGGCCCUCUGAGUGUUCACCAGAGGCUGCUGGGUGCUGUUCCUGCCCCAGAAAGGGCUGCUCCCAGCCCGUCCAUCAGAGAGUCGCCGAAACCUGGUACGGGCCAGCUCCUGGGGUUCCGAGGUGAAUUGGAGCAGGAGGUCAGGUCUCUGGGGAAGGCGGAGCGCUGGCAGGUGCCGUAGCCUGCAGGAAGGUGGGCUGUACCGGAGGCAGCUGCCCUGGGCACGUGGAGGGGUAGCAGAUCACGUGCUUUGGGGUUGGAGGCCAAGGCAGUGUAGGGGCCGUGGGAGAGCACAGGCUGGAGCUCAGACGGACGCAGGUUGAGACCCCGACCCCUCUGACUAACCAUGUGGCUCUGGGCUCCUUAUUUCACAUGCCCGAGCCUCCCCUUCUUCAUCGAUGAGGUGGAGGUGGUCAUGUGUGCCUCUCCAGGUGAUCUGAUUGGAUGAAUGGCGGGCAGCGGUGGGUGAGCCGUGGAGGACCAUUUUUCCCCUGCGGAUGCUUGAGAGAGAUGUUUGUGAAGCCCUCAGCCCUGGACCAGCUGGGAUAGGAAGGGCUCAGCCAAUGGCAUUGGCAGUUGUUAUUAUUAUUCCUGGGGGCCGGGAAGGCUUCCUGGAGGAGGUGACAUUCAGCUGGGCCUUGGAGGUGAGCAGAAGGGUGUGUGGUGCUGACACAGGGCACAGCCUAAGUGAGAGCACAGAGGUGGUGUCCGGGGGACAUGGUUGGGACACCAGUGGGGGAUGGAGCCGGAGUGCCAAGGAGGGUGUGGUGUGUUGUGGCAGAGAGGCAGGGCUUAUCCUGGGCACAGUGAGAACCUGGAGACUUUCUCCUUUCAUCUCUUUCUAAAAACAUGGGAUAGACUUUCGUCUACAGAGUCAGAAGUGUAAGGCAUGUGAACUUCCUUUUUUUUCUUCCAAAAUGGAGCUAGAUUCUGCCCAAAGCCCUCAUUACGUAGUGGCAGAAACUUAAUCUGCAUCAUUUAGGAUCCCCCCCCACCCCCGCUUUUCCCCAGGCUUGUGUCCAAGUUCCAGAAGGAUCCCUAGUGCCCAGAAGCUAGGGGGACAAAGGCCCAUCAGGUCUUGAAUGUCACAUGUCCCGUUGGUACCCACAAGACAUCCACAGACCACUGUCCACUCAGGUGGUUGGAGAGAUGCCCCUUUUUUCGGUCUGUUGAGGCUGCCCUAGGGUCUAGACCCUCUAGGACGCCCAUGCCUGCAGCCACUUGCACACUGCAGAGGGUUCACACAUUAGCAGACCUGUGUUUGGGGAAGGCCGGGUCAGUGGGAGGGGGAAAGAGGUGGUGGAGAGGCCAGGGCAGCCUGGGGGAGGAGGACGCUCAAGGGAGAGGCUUGGGAAGGCGGGGGACUUCCCUGGGGAGGGGAGAGACCGUGUUAAGGACGGCUCUGAGAUUUUCUAGGUCAUUUAGUGAAGACUUCUAUAGCCUUUCCUAACAGAAGCAUCCCAAGAAGGGGAAUUCUAGAGAAGGAAAUUAUGCUUUGAAGGUAAAUUGGUUAUUAAAUCUGGGACUUUCACAAUUCAGAUUGGAACAGUGGGCCCGCCCACAGUGGGGCAGGGGUACAGCCGUUCCUGGGCCAGUUUUGUGUGGGUCAGGAGAUGACCCCAGGAGGCCUUUGGUGUCAUUCCAGCUGGGUACAUCACACCCACCGGCAGGGCCUCAGUUACCCCCGGUGUCUAGUAGCCCUUCCUGCUCAGGCUGAGCGGUGGGCAGGUGCCUGGCUGGGGAGCAAGAUGGGCUCAGACUGAGCCUUGGAGGAUGGUGGGUGGGAUUCCAGGCUCCUGUCAGGGCAGCUGUGGGUCAGGGUCUUUCCACGAUCCCUGGGGGAUGGACGUGCUGGCUGGAGGGAGCCUGGUGGGGACCUGGGGCUGCAGAGCCAUGGUGGGGCCAGGCCCCUCACUUGUACUAGAGUGAGCUUCAGGCCUGCCUUCACGGGGCCAAGUAAACCAGGCUCAAUCCAGGGGCCUGAGCGAGUGAGGCCUGGGAGAGGUGCACACCAAUGGUAGCUCCUUGCCACCUGGCCAGGCUGCUCCCCACCUCACCCCCCUGCCUACAACAGCACUGAGUUAAAUUAGGGAGACUAGGCCAGGGGCCGGGGAGGCAGGUGGCUGGGGACAGUCUUUGCCCUUGGAGCCCCGGGCACCUGGCAGGUAAGUGGAAAGGGCUCUGGGUAAGCCUGGCAUCACCCUCAGUGCCCUCAGCAGCACCAAGUCAAGGUGGGUCUCUCCCCAAACCCAGAGGGGCCUGAGGCCAUGCAAACCCAGGACAGCAAAGGGGGCUGUUCAGGAUAUGCUGGGAAAGAUCAGUGGUGACUAAGGAAGGAGGGGCCCAGGUAGCUGGUGUAGCAGCAGCUGCAGAACAUUCUAGUAGGUUGGGAAAUGCAAAUACAUACCCACGGUGUAAAUCUGGAAUAUACAGAAAUCUGACUGCCCCGAUGGCUGUUCAUUUUUACGAUGAUAACGUUUCUUCCAGAUUUUCCCCCAAGCUUAUUAAUUGUAUAUUUUGUUGUCCUUUCUAUAAAUUUACAUACACACACACUUAAAACAUAAGCAUUUCCCCAUGUCUUUAAAACACUUUAUAAUGUUCCCUCAUCAGGACGCAUUAAUAGCCCUGUUCCCCAAGAGUGGACAUUGGGGCAACUCCUCACACUGUGGACACCUAACAUUCACAUCAUGCUGAUGAUUUGCCAGUUACCAAGUGUUCCCACAUCAGCACAUUUGAUCUCCCCUAAUAACCAAUCUUACAGGAGGCAAGACUCAGAGAGGUUAAGGAACUCCCUGGAGGUCACACAGCAUUUACCCAGGCUCUUUCGUCCACACUGGGUCGGUCUUUGCUGCCCCCUUCUGGCUAUCAGCAUCUAUAACAUUGGUCCUGCCCAUCUAACCCUUUAGACUCACAAUCCUUUGGGUUGCUUUAGUUGUACAAUAGAAAACUAUUGAAUGCCUGCUCUAUGCGGAGCAAGAUCUGGGAAUACAAAAUUGAAAAAAAUCUCGACCAUCGUGGUGCUUAUAUUUUAAUAGGGGAGACAGAUGAGUAAGAACAAAUAAUAUCGUAUUCAAUAGUGACAAGUGCCUGGGGACAAAUACAAAAGAGAGAACUGUCUGUCAAGAGGACUUUUUUUUUUUUUUUUGGCCACUCCAUGCAACUUGCAGGGUCUUAGUUCCCCAACCAGGUAUUGAACCUGGACCACCACAGUGAAAUCACUGAGUCUUAACCACUGGACCACCAGGGUAUUCCCAAGAGGACAAUUUUAGAGAGGCCACCAGGAGUUAAGCCCUGAAUGAAGAAAGGUUAUGAGCCAUAUAGAAACCUAGGUCGAGACAUCCAGGGAGAAGAGCAGGUCAGUGCAAAGGCCCUGGGGCCCUGGACAUAUUUUGAAAAUAGGGCCAACAGGAUUGCUGAUAAUGGAUGUGGGAAAGAGAUGAAGGAUGGCAUCAAGAUUUUGUCCCAAGCAGCUGGAGGGGGAAAGGGAGGUAGGAUCUGAGUGGUGGGCAAUUUUGACACCCAGGUGGACAGGUUGGGAAGGUAGUUAGAUCUACAAAUCAGAGAGAGCCCCACUGGAGACAUGCAGUCGAGAGCCCUUCUGUAAUUCAUGUAUUUUAGUUGUGAAACUGGAUCACAGCACGGUUCAGCCUGGACAGUCUCAGGGUGUCUGAGGAUGAGCCCUGGGGCCCUCCAGCAUGUAGAGCUGAGGAGAGAUUAGGGAACCCCCAGAGGGCGUGACGUCCCAAAAGCCGAGUGAGAAACUGUUGAAGAAGGAGAGUGAUCACUUGGGCCCAGUGCUGCUGCAGUGUCAGGUACAGACCUGCUAUGGGACCGUGGGGUGGAAUGGCCCAGAGGUCCGGGGGUAGCGCGGUCCAGAGCAGUGAUGGGAGGGGAGGGGACCAGAGUGGAAUCGUGGGCUCAGGGGAGAAGGAGAGAAAAGCAAUG